GCGCCCCUGCCCUCGCAGUGUCAUCCGCCUCCAGCCAUCCGCGAGCCGUCGCAAUAUUGUUGGAACGCAUCAUUGUCGCAAACCACUCCUUCGGCCACCCCGAGCACAGCAACACCAACCCGGACAGCGAGAUAGCAAACGUCGCGGCGCAUGGUUUCCUACCCAGACUCGGCGAGUGCAGAGCGCUCACUGCCAAUACGGCGUCCCUCGUCGGUUGUAUCGCACUCGUCGCGCGCAUCCACCGUCCGCAGACAUCGCCAGCACCGCUCCAAUUUGGGGGGCUCGUCGCUAGCACCCCAAAAUGAGUUCCCCGUGUUUACGCAUACCGGCGACGUCGAAAUCGUCAUCAGCAAUGGGCGGAAGGAAAUGCGUUAUUUGCUGCACAAGUUGAUUCUGACGCAGUGCUCGGGCUUCUUCGAGGCCGGCACGAGCGAUGAGUGGGCGACUGCUGGUGAUGUGACCAACGCCGGGCCCAGCAACGGCACCGCCCUGUCGAGGAUACCAUCGGGAUCACGGCCGGAGCAGAAGCGGAAAUGGAGGUAUGAGAUGGAUUGGGGCAGCGGCGAUGAUGACCUGCCCAUGCUCGUGCAGAAGAAGAACCAGCCCACCAUGUUUGGCGGCGACCCAAGCCCGCCCGCGCAACCGCCUACUGCGCGCAACAAGCCUGCCGCACCGCAGUCAGGCUUCUUCCGCAGCAUGGCCAACUUCUCCACCCUCCACGUGCCCGCGACAGCCACUCCCGAGACCGACCCCGACGACGACACCUUCCGAGACUACGACAACUUGUUCCGCAUCUUCUACAACUACCCUCCCACGCUCGACUCUCUCAACAUCGCGAAUGCCUACGUAGAGUGCAAAUCGCUGCUGCAGCUUGCCGACAUGUACGACGCGCUUGGCGUCAUCGGACCACGCGUAGACCAUCAUCUGCUGCGUUUCCAAGGCCGGUUGUGGAAGCAGAUUGCGAAAUACCCUCCCAGCUACCUCAAGCUUGGCUACAUGGCACGAAGCAAAGCCAUUUUUGCCGAAGCCAUGGUACACGUUGUCGGACAAUGGCCACAAGGCAUCAAUCAGCUACGCGGCCAGAUCGCUGAGCCUGUAAUCGAACUGAUAGAAGACAAAGUCGACGAGAUGGACGAACUGAAGGCCAAGAUCGAAGUCAAGCUCUUCCGCCUGUCCCUUACAACCAGUCGCGGCGAGCGUGUCAGCCCAUCGAGCAACUGGCUGGAUUGGAUAGCAGUCUCCCUAUUCCGACAAUGGCUCGCCGAGAACACCACGCCACCCCCGGCCCCGAUCCUCAAAUCGCCACGGCCCCAGAACUCACGAGAUGGUGCGCCGCUGCCACCUCCCCCAGUCUUCAACACCGGCCGCAUCUUCCGCUUGCUCGGCCAGGCCGGCUCAAGUUACCUCAACCACGACGAAUGCAAGCGCUUCCUGCGACUGAACCCCGACCACUACAACCGCGACAACCUGAAGCGCUUCGAACGCAGAAUCGAAGAGAUCAAGGUCAAAGCCAAAGACGCCGUGAAGCCGCUGAUGCGCAAUUUCCUCGAACUCGACCUCCGAGAAGGUGGACUGCCCUAUUUGACAUGCACAAGAAUCGAUCCGCAAGACUUCCCAUGGGAUGACAUAUAAGAACUGGAGAAGGAAACGACUACACUGAUAAGCAUACACACCACUCGCCUCGACGUUUAUGGAUUGGCACAAUCUGGCGCUCUUUUGAUCUAUUUGGCUUUUUGUUUUUUUUGGUUUCGUUACGAAUGCGGGAUGUUUUGGCGCCUGAUACCCUAGGAUGUUUACAGUUUAUAUGUAACUGCGCUGUUGUCGUUUUUUUGUUAUUCCCACCCCCGAUUUCCUUGACGAUUUGAUGAUGUAGGAGAGAUAGAGAGAGGUGUAUGUAUGUAGGAAGAGAGAUGAUAAUUACCGUGUGUAAGAGAAGGAAGAAAAGAAGAGAGGGUAU